AUGAAUAGCUGGAUGACCUCAAGCCAUGCCGACGAACAGCCGAUGAAUCCCCAAUACCCCGGCUGGUCGUCGACCGCAGCCAGCACCAGUAACCAGAACUCGCCAAAUCGUCGCGAACAUGCAGUGCAGCCGCCUCUACUCACGACUGCGUUGGGUGGGGUUCACUACCAACACGGGACGACUCCCAUUUCCUCGACGUCGCUAUCCAGUCCGUUUAUUCAUGGCUCGCCAUAUGUUUCGUCGCCAGCCAACGUCAGAUCUGCCUCUUCAACUUCAAUGUCUGGAAGACAGCCUGCCGCAUACAGCGUGCCUUAUAAUCCGCAGGAUUGGGGUCCUAUGGGCAAUCCAGCACAGGCUCAAUAUCCGUCGGGAAACCAGCUGCGGAUCACGCCUCAGUCGAGGCCUCAUACAGCUUCGUUGUCUCCUCCGCCCCCGCCAUACUCCCCCCCCAGCAGUCAAAAUCGAGCACCGCAAGACCCGUAUGCAUUGUCUAAUAGUAAUAACACCGUACCACAGGCGGGUACACCCCCCACAAGCAAUAUUCGCGACAAUGACUACGAUAUGAAUUCCGGGCGCUCUAUGCACCGACGACCAGCAUCGAUGGUCUAUGGGGGUGAGGCAUCUCUGCGACACAAUUAUCCUCCUCCCCCACCGCCACAGGGCCAUCAGAAUGCUCGGUCUGUCUCUCAUGGCCGAGCCGACGUCUAUCAAGGAGAACAAUACAAUGCUCCUGCUCCCCAGCCUCGAACUGUGAUAUCCCAUUUGUCUUAUGAUAAAGCCAUGCCUUCACCAGCUCUGCGAAGCGACGCACCAGGGCCUUCAUCGGGACAGCUUGAAAUGCCCUUGAGACCACCAGCGUCUCGCAGGGCUGCAUCUGCUGGUGCGGUCGUCAGCGCAGGUCCAUCAAGACCACCAAGUCAGACACGGAAUCAGUCGCCUCAUAGUGGCUGGGCCCCAGGCAUGCCGCUCCCGCCCCCACCUCCAGGGCCUCCUCCUGCUGCUAGGGCCGUGAGUGUGGAUGAUUCAUCUGAAUCUUCCUCUGCGAGGACACCGCAGCCCGCUCCUGAGACAAAGAACUCGCCCGUCGCCAUCGACGGGCUCUGGUUUGGGCAUAAAGACAAAGAGCCCUUGCAUAUAGAUACGUCGAAGGCUAUCAGAACUCCUGAUAAGUCUAUGUUUUCGGACUCGAACGAAACGACCCACCAACCUCAAAGAACACCAGGGAGUGGUGGUCUCUUCCGUAGUUCGGCAGUCCGAGAUCCAAGUGCGAAGGGUAUUCGUGAGCGCCGGAUUGAGCGUCGCAACCGACAAAGCCAGACAGCCGAGGACAUGAGUGCGGUGUCAAAUAGUGGCAAUCCUUGGGGUGAUGCCUUGGAAAACAUCAAGCCGUCGAAUCUUGUCUUCCCCGACUCUGAGGUUACACCAAACCACCAAACUCAACCUCUCUCGGCUCGAUUCACACCACGCAGUGCUCAGAGUCUUCCUACGGAUGGACAACGAACGAGAUCAAGAUCGCGUGCUAGUUCUGGUGGUCUGUUCUCCAGUAAGUCGUCUUAUUCUGUAUCCAAGGCAGGAGAGAGCCCUGCGGGCCCUAGCGGACCUUCAAUGCUUGCGCAUACGCCUCCCUUCUCGCCAAAUGGGGAAUUAUCUUCGAGCUAUCCCAAGGACGUACCACAGGCAGUGCCCCCCAAGGCGCUUCCAACGCCUCCUCUGAACUCGGCGAAGGAGAGUCGUCCACGAUCCCGCGCAACAUCUCGGGGUUCAGACGAACGACCUCUCUCUUAUAUAGCGCAUGUGCCAAAAGAGGGUCUGAACAAUGUAGCUCAGCCCCUCUCAUCGCGUCAGGCGUCUUCAAAGCAGGGUGGACAUAAUUCUUUGGAGUCCAUGAUCAAGCAAGAUGCUCAAUUCACCGAAGACGCUAUCGCGAGACACAAGAAGUAUAUCGAGGAAGAGUCUGCCGCCUUGAACGAAGCCGACGCUAUGAGUAUCUUUACUCGAUAUAUUAUCACAGAGUCACAGAUCCGGCGUGAGAGAUACGCAGCACUCUGGGACUCGGGCUCUUUCGAUACGAGUGAAGUACGCAGCAAGCUUUUUGAACGCCCGCCUGCGCAGCCGGUGGCUCCGCUUUCAGGAAAGCCAGGGAGACCAGCUCCGACACUGGAAAUACCUUCCACCCGGCCUAACAAGGCCGAGACCGCGUGGUGGAAUAACUACCAGCCUUGCCUGUCGCCCAUUGUCAGUCUCAAUACGAGUAACGAUGAACAGAGCUCUCGCGGCCGCGCUCCCAGUCGCUGGUGGGAAUCCAAUCCAAGUAGUGAGGGUGGUGAGAGACGGGUGCAACGUUCUAAACGGGAAUCAAAAUACAUGGGCCUGCAACGUGAUGCGAUCCAAUGGGACCAGGACCGAACUCCAUCCAAACUUGACGAUACAGGGCUGAACUACACCGGACAACACGAAACUUACGGUCCUGACGAGUACCCGCCUGAAAAAGUUGGCUGGCAUGACGAUAGCUCCGACUAUCCAAGCGCGGGAACUGAGAGGCGAAUGGAUCAGUUCCCUGGAAGCCCGAAGAUGGAUAUUUCGCGACUGAUUACACUGCCACCUCCGUAUCCGCGUCACUAUCCAGCUGUGAAUAACAGCCACCCGGACCUUGUCUCUUAUCGCACGACCGUCCGUUCUAUCACAGACCUCUCUGAAAUAAAAUCUACUAGGGAGCGGUAUAACUUGGAUGUAGAGCGAAUGUCGCAGGACCACCAAGCACAGAUUCAGGAUGCCCGGCGCCACUUCAAAUCCAACAUUCAAAGCCAGAUCCAAGAGGGAAGCCUCACAUUUGCAGAGGCUGCCGAGGCCGAGGCCGCGAUGAUUUACGAAGAGAACAAAGGCGAACGGGAUCUGGUCAAGCGUCAGCUUGACACAUAUCAAGAGACUGUUCUGAAACCGAUGCACGCGAUCAUUGCGGACCGAAUCGAUAGAGCAACGACUUGCAUUCAAGAGCUGAGCAGUAGGCUCUUUGAUGAUGCGCGCCACGAAACACCAGACCAAACGCAAGAAGAGGGUGAUGAGAAACCAGAGCUCUUAGAGAAACUGACGCAGCUCAAAUGGCUCUUCGAGGCACGCGAGCAGCUCCACCGAGAAGCAUUCGACUUGAUCAGUGAUCGUGAUGAGAAAUACAAAGCGGUUGCUUUGCUACCAUAUCAGCAGGCAAAGAACGAAGACAAGAUCCGGGAAACCAAGGCCUUCUUCACGAAGGAUGCGUUUGAUCGACAGGUACAGCAUGAGUCCGAGUCGCUUGGCCGCCUUGAGGAUUUCCUAGAUGUGAUCGAGCAGAAUGUUGUUCGAGGCGUCGAAAUUCAGCUAUCUGCCUUCUGGGACAUCGCCCCGUCUCUUCUUGCCUUGGUGCAGCAGGUACCCGACGACCUUCACGGCUUCGAGGUCCAGAUCCCCAGUAAUGAGUACGAGGAAAACCCAAGCUACCACUCGCACCCACUGCAAUACUUGUACUCGCUGCUCUCUCAUGCGGAAAAGUCAAGUUACCAGUACAUCGAGUCGCAGACAAAUCUCCUUUGUCUGCUGCAUGAAGUGCGAUCCGCUGUGAUGCGCGCAGCCCGGAAGCUUACUGAGGCCGAGAGAAUCCAACAGGGCGAAUUCGAGGAUUUUGUUCGGCAAGAUAUGCAGCUCAGACGUGCUGAGGAGGAAGCAUCUCUUACUAUAGACCUUAAGGACAAAGUUUCCACGGUUGAAGGCCAAUGGACAGAAGCGCUUGGAAGCCAGAUCGAAGCGCUUCGAGGCCGUGUCAAGGAGCAACUCAUUGUGGAAGAUGGAUGGGAGGAUAUUGAGCGACUGGAGGAGGAAUGA